GCCGGUGCUUUAAGCAGCAUAUGUUUUCAAGUUGGAUUGGAGGGCGGUGUUUAAAUGAGCAUCGGUACGCCAUUGUGAUUGGCGGCUGGUGUUUUAACAGCACCGGUACGCAAGUUGGAUGGAUGAGCGAUGUAUUAAGCAGCAUCGGUACGCGAGUGAGAUGGUUGGGCAGUGUAUAAAGGAACAUCGAUACGCAAAUGAUAUGGGAUCGUAGUGUUUUAAGGGGCAUCGACUGAAGAACAAGCAUGCGUUUAUCACCGCGAGAACAAGAAUCCCUGUUGGUCCAUCAGUGUGGAGCACUGGCACAGCGACGCUUGGCCAGAGGCGUGCGUCUUAAUCACCCAGAGGCUGUGGCGCUGAUAGCCUCUCAGAUACAAGAGUUUAUUCGGGAUGGUGAGACGGUUUCAGAUUUGAUGAGCAAAGGCCGUGAGCUUCUGGGGUUCCGCCAAGUGUUGCCCGGGGUUGCCGACAUGAUUGGUGAAGUACAAGUAGAGGGCACAUUUCCCGACGGUACAAAACUGGUCACGGUACACACGCCGAUAAGUCGGAAGGACGGAAACCUUGACCUUGCUCUGUACGGCAGCUUUCUUCCGGUUCCAAGUCUGGACGUCUUUGAUGUCAAAGAGGAACAAACACAGGUCAGCGAGAACGUGAUAGCACCUUUGACCGUGACCCCAGGAGAAUCUCAAACAAAAGAAGGAGGAAAAGUCGUGCUGAAUAAGGGACGUCAGACAAUUAUCCUGGACGUCGUUAGCAAGUGUGAUCGUCCGAUACAAGUUGGGAGCCACUACCACUUCAUCGAGACCAACAAACGCCUUUUCUUUGAUAGAGCCGCUUCGUACGGAUACAGGCUGAACAUCCCAGCGGGAACAUCCAUCAGAUUUGAGCCGGGAGAACGAAGAAGCGUAGAGCUUGUAACAAUAGCAGGGAACAGGAUCGUACGCGGUGGGAACGGACUCUGUGACGGGGAAGUUAAUGAGAAAAAUCUACCAACAGUCUUGGAGCGAGUGAAAGCAGGAGGGUUUGGUCAUGCCAAACAGAAAAAAGUAGAACCCGGGACGGGGAUAUACGCCACAUUGAGCAGUAAGCACUACAGUUACCUGUUCGGACCUACAACUGGUGAUAAGCUACGACUAGGAGAUACCAGCCUCAUUCUGGAGGUUGAGAAGGACUUUACUGAUUAUGGUGAUGAGCUCAAAUUUGGUGGAGGCAAGGUGUUGCGAGAGGGUAUGGGUCAGCAGGCAAACCGGAUAAACCAAGAAUGGGACGUACUGGAUACCGUCAUUACAAACGCGUUGAUCGUCGAUGCCGUUACUGGAAUUGUGAAGGCAGACGUUGGAAUUAAGGAUGGCAUGAUCGCUGCGAUUGGAAAGUCCGGAAACCCAGACAUCAUGGAUAACAUUACCCCUGGAAUGGUUGUGGGAGCCGGAACCGAGGCGAUCGCCGGAGAGGGUCUGAUCCUGACCGCCGGGGCGCUUGAUGCGCACGUGCACUUCAUCUGCCCCCAAUUGGCACGCGAGGCGGUCGCUUCCGGUAUCACAACUAUGUUUGGAGGCGGCACCGGACCCGCCACCGGAACUAAUGCGACCACAUGUAGCCCCGGACCGAAUCAUAUCAGGGACAUGCUACAGAGUACGGACGUAUUCCCGCUGAACUUCGGAUUCACCGGAAAGGGCAACUCGAGCGUGUCUUCCGGAAUAGCACGUGACCUGGAGGAACAGAUCAAGGCGGGGGCCAUUGGCCUUAAGCUGCACGAGGAUUGGGGAACGACACCUUCCGCCAUUGACACAUGCCUCCGAGUUGCCGACGAGUAUGACGUUCAGAUCACCAUUCACACGGACACCCUGAACGAGUCAGCUUGUGUAGAGGAGACCAUGGAAUCCUUCAAGGGGCGGACAAUCCACACGUACCACUCCGAGGGAGCUGGAGGCGGCCAUGCUCCAGACAUCAUACGUGUGUGCGGGGUACCUAACGUGCUUCCGUCGUCCACCAAUCCGACACGUCCGUACACCGCCAACACCAUCGAUGAACACCUUGAUAUGUUGAUGGUUUGCCAUCAUCUUGACAAGAACAUAAAGAACGACGUAGCGUUUGCAGAGUCCCGAAUCCGCGCCGAGACAAUCGCGGCCGAGGACAUUCUACAUGACCUGGGAGCCAUCAGUAUCAUGGCCUCUGAUUCCCAGGCGAUGGGCCGUAUCGGUGAAGUGAUAUGUCGUACAUGGCAGACGGCGGAUAAAAUGAAAUUGUUCCGUGGACGUCUAUCUGAGGAGACGGCCGAAAAUGACAACGCCAGAAUCAAACGUUACAUCGCCAAGUACACCAUCAACCCUGCGAUCGCUCAUGGCAUGAAUAAAAUCAUAGGAUCAGUAGAGGCAGGAAAACUUGCUGAUCUCGUCCUGUGGCACCCAGCAUUCUUUGGAGCCAAGCCAGAGAUUAUCAUAAAAGGCGGACAGAUUGCAUGGAGUCAGAUGGGCAUGCCGAAUGCGUCCAUCCCGACACCAGAGCCAGUUAAACAGAGGAAAAUGUUCGGGGCGUACGGAAAAGCAGUGGGGAAACACAGCCUUGCUUUCAUCUCACAGGCCUCGGUGGACACAGUGGCAACAUAUGGUCUCAGUAAGCGGCUGUACCCAGUGGUGUCAUGCCGACAGCUCACCAAGAAGGACAUGGUUCGAAAUGCCUACCUUCCUGUUAUUACUGUUGACCCAUGCUCGUACAAGGUUCACAUUAUUCGAGAAGAAGAUGGAAAGGAAACGCGUGAACAUCUCACGUGCCCUCCUGCCUCGCGCCUCUCCCUCGCCCAGAGAUACUUCCUAUUUUAACAGCGCGUCGACGAGUGGCUACUGUUUAAAUAGUUUACUGAACAAGCUUCAAACAAUAUAUACUAUACAGCUUUAUGCUGAUUGUGCGAUAGUGCUAACUAUUUACUGGUUUGAUUAGGACACAGAGGUCAUAACUCAAAUGUUGAGUUGAAAGGAAUGCACAAUAACCAUUUGAGUAAAAGACUAAAUAAUCAAACAUAUUGACGUGUAAAAUCGUAAUUUAUUUCAACGAGCGAGCACUAAAAGCUUAAUACGUACUUCUGGCGUUCACAAGGUGAAAUUUAUUGCGAUCUUGUACUGAAAAAACAACGUUUUUUAUUUCUAUUAAAUGCUUGAAACUAAUUGUAGUUUCUAUUCAUGGAGACUGAAGUUCUAUACGAAGGUAACGUCAUUUGGAAAAGACGUCGUUCAAAUUGUGUCCGAGCCCUGUGCGCGUCGACCAUUGCUUUAGAAGUGAGGGCGGGCAAAACAUUCAAAACGGGCAAAAUUAUAUGCAAAUGUUGUUUUUUCCACUGACAAUUCUCUAUAAAUCACCGGAAAGCAUAACAUUCUUAUUUUAUUCACAUGAAUCAAUUGCAUGUAUACAAUAAUCAGUGUAUGUGUAAAUGGUAUAUGAUAUACUCCUGUGUAUAUGAUAAGCUCCUGUGUAUGAUAAACUCCUGUGUAUAUGAUAAACUCCUGUGUAUAUGAUAAGCUCCUGUGUAUGAUAAACUCCUGUGUAUAUGAUAAACUCCUGUGUAUUAUACAUCUGUGUAUAUGAUGAACAAUAGUGGUUGAAAACUACAAGUACGAGGAUAUAAAAAUAUGUGUUGAAGUGUUAUACUUAAUGAACAGUUAAAGGUCAUCAUCAUUCAAACCUAUAUGUAACUCUUUGUCACUGAGAAUGUAAAUUGUUAUCAAUAGUGAACUUUAUGAAAGGUGCAUUGGUUUCUUGUUAAGCUGUAUACAUGCAUUGGCCCAACAGAUAACCUGAUAGAUGCAUAGUUUACAUCAUUGUAGUUUCGCUCUAUACUUAUGUUGUAUACACACGCUGAACAUAUACUUACUUCAAUUUUGCAAUCUUCCAUUGCCAUAAAUAAAACAAAUUCUGCUUAGGAAAUGGAGUGGAGAGUGAUUUAUAUCCGCCUUCAGCUGUUUUUUCUAGCUUCAAUAAAUUAUAUCACAACAAA